UCUCACACAUACACCAUCAUACUCUCACACAUACACUAUCAUACUCUCACACAUACACUAUCAUACUCUCACACAUACACCAUCAUACUCUCUUAAAAACACAAUCAUACUCAAUGAUGACAAUGAUUGUGUGUUUAAGAAGUUAUGAUGGUUUAUGUGAGAGGGAAUUGUACCAUGUGUGAAAGAGUAUAAUUAAACAGGAAGUUAGUUUGAUCAAACAGGAAGACAGUUUAAAUCCUCAUUCCUUGAUUGGCUUACAGCCCUAAAAAUAAAGCCUGGACCUUCUCAGAGUACUGCUAGCUAAACUGAAGCUACGUGGGAGCAUUCAAAUCAAGCAGCAGCACUUUCAAGGACAACUUUAUAGUUUUUUUAAGAACAGUAGCAAAGUAGUCAUGAUUUUUCCACUUAUUUACCUUCUUUUUCAAGUUCAGUUUUUGUUUGUGGGAGUAAAUGGUAAUGAGGAGGACAUUGCUAUUUUUUUCACUAAUACCAUGAGGUGUGUUCAGACCAUUGUAAGGGAAACAGACAGCCUGGGACAUGACAGCAUGAUUUUGGAACGAUUAUUCUGUGAGCUUAACGGAUAUGCACGGACAAUUUCUUUCUUUCUCUCAAUAAGCCAGCAGUUAGAAGGGGGUGACAUUCAAGGAAGCUUAGGUGCACUGGAGGCACUCUAUGCAUGUUUUUGUUCCAUCAUAAAUUCGUAUGAAAACUCAAGAUCUGUGGAAAUGAGACAAAGGGAUAUGUUUACUUCAAGAGCACCACCAACAAUCAGAACUGGUCAUCCUGGUCGCCCUCAGUACAAUAUAUUCCAUGAACAAAUUACCUACUGUUUGUCCCUUGGAAUGAGUUGGCAAAGGAUAGCUGUAUGUUUUGGAAUCAGCAGAAGGACAUUGUACAGGCACAGACAGCAACUUCAAAUUGGGCCACUGACUUACACAGCAAUGUCUGAUGAGGCCUUGACUGACAUUGUUAGUGCAAUCCUUCAAACCACCCCAAAUGCAGGAGAAAGGUAUGUGCUAGGAGGCCUCCGAUCACGCAACAUUAGAAUACAGCGUUGGAGAGUGAGACGUUGCCUGCAACAGCUUGACCCAGUUGGACGGGCCUUCCGCCGCCGCCGUGCAAUUCGCCGAAGAAUUUACAAUGUUCAGACUCCUAAUCAAUUAUGGCACAUCGAUGGAAACCAUAAGCUGGUGAGGUGGAGGUUGGUCUUUCAUGGAUGUGUUGACGGCUUUAGCCGGACCAUCAUAUACUUGCAGUGCCUCAGUAACAACAGGGCAUCAAGCGUACUGGAACUGUUUUGUACUGGUGUACAGAGCUUUGGCCUUCCCUUAAGAGUACGCUGUGACCAUGGCAUGGAGAACACAGCAGUUGCCCGGUAUAUGCUGGAGAGAAGGGGUUUAAACAGAGGCAGUGUCAUUACUGGACGCAGUGUCCACAAUCAGAGGAUUGAACGGUUGUGGGCAGAGCUAAACAGAGUUGUCUCAUUCCACUUCAGUAACCUCUUCACCUUCAUGGAAAAUGAGGGCAUACUGGAUUCUACAGAUGAACUCCAUCUGUUUUGUCUGCACUACAUCUACUUGCCAAGAGUUCAGAGGGCGGCUGCAGAAUUCCGAAAUCAGUGGAACAAUCAUGGAUUAUCUACACAAGGAGGACAAACACCUCUCCAACUGUGGCAGAGAGGGGUUCUUAACAGUGCAAUUCAGGACAUUUUAGCAGGAAAUGAUACCUUGGAAAUCAAUGAAGACACCCUUCUACAGUUAGAGACUGAAAACAAUAUUGUUGUUCCAGUAAACAACUUUAAUGCAAAUCAAACAGUUCUGAACAGAAUUCACGAGACAGUAGACCCACUGAGUGAUGAUGGUAACCACGGCAUACAAUUAUUUUUAGGCCUGGUGAAUUUUAUUAGUGAACAGUAACAAGGACGCUUGAGUACUAGAACACUGUGGAUUGUACUCUAACAGAUAAAUGGUAAAUGGCUGCAUAUAGUACUUUUAUGCAAAGUGCUAAGCUAAACAGUUUAUCUCACAACAGACUGAAUAAUGUAACCAACAUUUAGCUUUUUUUUGCACCACUGGGCUUGUAUACCCUAAAAAAAAAUAAUAAUAACUUCCCAACCACUCCACUAGAAAAGAAUGUGACAGAAAAAAGGUAUUCUAUACAGCCUGUGAAUGCAUUGGUUAUUGGAAAAAAAAAAAAGUUUUGGCUCACUACUGAAAAUGUGUUUUUUUUUUUUUUUUCAAACUGGAAUAGUUACCUGUAAUAGCAUCAAAUGCAAGAUUUUUCUGCAAAUGGCUAAGCUUGAAUGUUCACAGUCCAUAUAUUAUUCUCUACCAAAACCCUGUGUGUUACCUAAUGCAAAGUCCAUACUCUCCCUGAAAUCCUCGUAUGUGUCAAGCAGCGGCAACUUAAGGCAGUUGAUGCAGGUGUUUGCCAUUGGCAAACAGCGUCUGGAGCUGACAGGCUGAUCAUGCAAGAAAUCAACUGAUGGUUGAGGGGAGAAGCCAACCGGAGGGAUGACACUUGCACCCGUUGCAAAGGCUAGGAUUUUACCUAGCUUUGAGGAUCCCUCUUGCUCUAACACACAGAAAAACAAGCAAGCAAACACCAAAGACAACAAUGAGAAUUUACAGCAAUUAUACCAGAAAGUAAAUAGUACCAUAUAGAAAGCUCCAAAAGGAAUGUAAGACGAAGAAAAGAGAGAAAUGAAAGUGAUAGAUGAAAAGAACUUAAGGAGAGGAGUGAAAGAAAAAAGAAAAAAGUUACUAGAACUACAAAAAUAGCAUACAAAAUUAUUUAAAAGGUAUAUAAUGGAAAGACAACCAAUUCUAGAGGAGACAGAUUGCAAAAAGAAAGGAAGCAAAGAGUAAAGAUAGAGGAAGGGAAAAUGAGUAAAAAACUUAAAAAAAACAAAAAAAAAGGAUAAAUGGAAAAAAAAAAAGGAAAGACUGAAAGAGAGACCCAAUAUGGGAACAAAAGUUGACAACUUGGCCAAAUGGUGGCAUUAGCAAAGGUUAGGGAAAAACCAAAAUCCUUUUGAUUCAACCUCUGAGAAUAAUGAAUGUUCAUUGCAAUUAGUAGUCCAUGUAUUUUCUCCUAGCCCAGUAUACUGUAUGUACAAUUUGUAAACGUGACAAAAGCAUGAGACAGUGCCAUAUCUA